GGCGUCGGCGAAACCAAUUUUCGGACUCCGUCGAAUUCGAUUUUACAGUGAUAAAAGAUAUGGGUGACAAGAGGAAGAAGACGUUCAUGUUCAUCCGUCUAGUCUCAGCAGCUGGAACUGGAUUCUUCUAUGUCAAGAGGAAGAGUACCAAGGGACUUCUUGAGAAGCUCGAGUUCCGUAAGUACGAUCCUCGAGUUAAUCGCCAUGUCCUCUUUACAGAGCAGAAAAUGAAGUGAUGAAACAAAAAAGGCUUGCUUUUGCCUGUUAUGUGCGAUCAAACUUAUUUCAUUAUGUAAUGAGUUACCUUCAUCAACCAAAGCAAAUAACUUUUCAAUUUAGUG